GGAUUGAGGGAACAGGAGCAGAAGGGGAGCUGUUUGGGGUGAGGAGACUUGGCUUGAAUCUGGAUGGAUUUGAGAUAUCUGGGGUGGGACAUCCAGGGGUCUCAGGUUUGGAGCUUCGGGAGAGGUCUGGGCAGGAGAGAGAGAGUAGAAAGUCACCAGCAAGUUCAGGGGAAUUUGGGGUCACCGGAGGGAGUGGCUAAAAUCCCCAGGUAGGAGAGAGGGGUGCUUCAGAGAAUGUCCUUGGGGAGCAGCUAGAGGGAGAGGAGAAAGGGAGGAGGUUUCCUGGAAGAUGAGGUCAGCCAUGAGAGAUAAGAGGUAAGAAUAACCAGCGGACUUAGCGUUCCGGAGGUGGCCCUGGAGAGGACACUGUGACCCAGAGUGAAGGAUCUGUAGCAGGAAAGAAUGGAAGAUAAGUCAGAGAGGUCGGAUCGGCAGCACCCCCAGGCCCACGUGGACAUCUACGAGAAGCAGCCUGUGCCCUUUGGCCUGGUACGCUUUGGCGUGGCGCCUGACCACCCCGAGGUGAAGAAUGUCAUCAACACAUUCACCCAGACGGCCCACUCUGGCCGCUGUGCCUUCUGGGGCAACGUGGAGGUGGGCAGGGACGUGACGGUGCCGGAGCUGCGGGAGGCCUACCAUGCCGUGGUGCUGAGCUACGGGGCAGAGGACCAUCGGGCCCUGGAAAUUCCUGGUGAGGAGCUGCCAGGUGUGUGCUCUGCCCGGGCCUUUGUGGGCUGGUACAACGGGCUUCCUGAGAACCAGGAGCUGAAGCCAGACCUGAGCUGUGACACGGCUGUGAUUCUAGGGCAGGGGAACGUGGCUCUGGACGUGGCCCGUAUCCUACUCACCCCACCUGAGCACCUGGAGAAAACGGACAUCACGAAGGCAGCUCUGGGUGUGCUGAGGCAGAGUCAGGUGAAGACAGUGUGGCUAGUGGGCCGGCGUGGACCCCUGCAAGUGGCCUUCACCAUUAAGGAGCUUCGGGAGAUGAUUCAGUUACCAGGAACCCGGCCCAUUUUGGAUCCUGUGGAUUUCUUGGGCCUCCAGGACAGGCUCAAAGGGACAGCCUGGAGACAGUCUACAAUGCUGACAGAGGUCCCGCGCCCAAGGAAGCGGCUGAUGGAGCUGCUGCUUCGAACGGCCAUGGAGAAGCCAGGGCGGGAGGAGGCUGCCCACUGGGCAUCGGCCUCUCGUGCCUGGGGCCUCCGCUUUUUCCGAAGCCCCCAGCAGGUGCUGCCCUCACCAGAUGGGCGGGGGGCAGCAGGUGUCCGCCUGGCAGUCACUAGACUGGAGGGUGUCGGUGAGGCCACCCGGGCAGUGCCCACGGGAGUCAUGGAAGACCUCCCUUGUGGGCUGGUGCUCAGCAGCAUUGGGUAUAAGAGCCGCCCUAUCGACCCAAGUGUGCCCUUUGACUCCAAGCUCGGGGUCAUCCCCAAUGUGGAGGGCCGGGUUACGGAUGUGCCAGGCCUCUACUGCAGCGGCUGGGUGAAGAGAGGACCCACAGGGGUCAUAGCUACAACCAUGACUGACAGCUUCCUCACUGGCCAGACGCUGCUGCAGGACCUGAAGGCCGGGCUGCUCCCCUCUGGCCCCAGGCCUGGCUCCGCAGCCAUCCAGGCCCUGCUCAGCAGCCGAGGGGUCCAGCCAGUCUCUUUCUCAGACUGGGAGAAGCUGGAUGCUGAGGAGGUGGCCCGGGGCCAGAGCACUGGGAAGCCCCGGGAGAAGCUGGUGGAUCCUCAGGAGAUGCUGUGCCUCCUGGGACACUGAGCCCAGCCCCAGCCCCUGGCAGGGAAGGGUUGAGUUUUGGGAGGGGAAGGGCUGGGUCUGCCGAGUGGGACUCUGCUACAUCCUGGCAGGCCGGGCUUGGAGGCUCGGCUGCCCUUCCAGGGUUUCUCCUUCCUCCUGGGGAAGCUUGCCCUGGCCAGCAAGGUUUUAGCUUUCAGCAACCGAGGCAACUGUAGCGUUGUGCAGAGGUGCGGCUGACCUAACUCCUUCCCACCUCUCUCCUGCUGGACUGUGGAGGGUCACCAGGUUGGGAACAUGCUGGAAAUAAAACAGCUGCAACCAAGG